UUUAAUAAUAAGUUAUAUAGCCCAUUAAGUAAAACCCUAAUUUUUACCUCGCCUGUAUACAAAAUCGAAACGAGCCAAAACCUAAGUUCCCUCCUUCUUCGCCGGCACUUGCCCAUCGUCUGCUUCCCUCCUCCCAAGCCGGCGAAAAUUACCAAGAGGACCAAGAAGGCUGGAAUUGUCGGCAAAUAUGGUACACGAUAUGGUGCCAGUCUUAGGAAGCAGAUCAAGAAGAUGGAAGUGAGUCAACACAGCAAGUACUUCUGCGAGUUCUGCGGAAAGUAUGCCGUGAAGAGGAAAGCUGUUGGCAUUUGGGGUUGCAAAGAUUGCGGGAAAGUGAAAGCAGGCGGUGCAUACACAAUGAACACAGCAAGUGCUGUGACAGUUAGGAGUACCAUUAGACGAUUGAGAGAGCAAACCGAGAGCUAGAUCCAGAGAAUCCUAACCUUCCCAUCACUGUGAGAAGUCCUUUUUGUUCUAUCAAAAUAUCAAAGUUCCAUCGGCAUUUAUCUUGAUUCAGAUUAACUAACCCCCUUGACUCCUUUUGGGGUUUUGCCUUUUUGUUUCUGUAUUGAACCUUCCAAUUCUUUUUCAAUGAAGUUUACAGUUUGGUUUA